AUGGAUGCGGUUAUGGAUGAUGGAGAAAAGCAAUCGACCAGUGCUGAUGUUAUGCUGCAAGUGCAAGUGCAAGAAACAACGGCUGCUAUUGAAAAGACAAAAGAGCUACUGAUGACGGCGAAAGCAUCAAUUGUGCAAAGCAAGGAAUUAACCGAUCUUUUGAGCCAACAGACGCUUGACUUCGGAAACUAUGGGCAGUUUGGCUAUGCUCCAUAUUUUACUACUAGACGUGGAAAGCGACGUCAUACACGAGCGAAUGCCCCAGUUCCAACUCGUCUUCCGGUUAUGACAAAGAAUGACAUCGUUGUGUUUCUCGAUGAAGAUCGUGUAGCUUUGGGUAAUAUUGCAUUGAAUACACAAAUCCAAUGCGUUACAUCGCUGCGUUACAAUACGGGAAGAGACCUACUUCCUGGCCAUCAAGUCAACGUUUCCACGAUUCCCGACGACGAUCAAGACCUUUUCGACGUUAACAAGUUGGUUGUUAUUGAUCGUGGACUGCAGCUUGGCGAAAAAGUCGGAUGGGCGCAUCAAACGUAUAUGAAGCAACCCCACGAAUAUUAUUUUCCUUGGCACCAAGAGCACAAAGGACUUCAUGGAAUCGUUGUUGAUUACAAGGUUAACGGAGAUGCUUUGAUUCUUCCUGAAAAGAAAUAUGUGAUCAGAAACGUCGAUUUGCUGAAAUUUGACCCACUUGUAAUGGCUCCGUGUAAAGCAAAAAUGGAGGACGAUGUUUUCAGAACGGGAUUUGCAUACACAAAGAUUCAUCGACAAGUUACGAGCGUUUCUUAUGGCGGAUGGAUUGGUGAGGUGCUGGACCAAACCAACAAAGUCUCGUUGGAAUAUGAUAAAAAUUUUGUCAUCACUUUCAUUGAUGAUAGAAAGGUCGUUAAGCUUAUCCCGGCUGAUGGUUCGUGUGAAGAUAAGUGUUAUAUUCCCGGACAACUUGUCAAUGUUCGGCUUCGUGAUUUGCUCGAUCCUGUUUGCUCGUGGAAUCAAGAGGCUCCACCAGAAUUGUUUCGUCAAACCAGGGGAAUCAAAGGACGCAAAUCAUCCGUACAAUGCACAGUCUUAUCGAUCACACCCGAGCUGUUAACUAUUAGCUGGAAAAAAGCAAUCGAUGCUAAAGCAAGUCCAGAACCUGCCGGACAACUUCAAGGAGAAGAAUGUCUCAAGGUCCAAGUAAUUCAUCGAACUCGACUUGUACGUGCGGGCGACCGUCUUGCGAUUAACCGAAAAUUUUUGGCUGACGCACACAUUUGCGAAAGAUCGGAAUUUGAAACAGCCCUCAACAAAACGUUCAACGAAAUCGUAAAAAAGAAAGAGAAUGCUAAGCUUGCCGGUUGUUUCUACGCUGGCUCAACUGAUUUGGAUGACUGCCCGAUGUCAUCCUCGCUUGCAAAGGGUCUCGUAAAUCAUAUAAGAAAAAACAAAAUGAAGAUUUGUUCAUACGGUGAAUUCCAAGAAGAAGAAGCUCUCUGCAACGGACAAGAGCCAGUGUUCGAGCCUCUUGAAGAGCUCCCUCCAGUUGAAACUACGAUGGUUGAAAGUGUCGAUUUCUUCAAAGACGAAGUCAUGGUGGAGGUUGUUGCAACUCAAACAAAAGUAAGCAUUAUGUGGUCGGACGGAACAAUCUCAGACGAUGUUGAUGGUCGACUUCUAGCCCCGAUUCCAGACAAAGAAAUGGCAGGCGCAGCAAAUGCUGCAGGAAUCCCUUGGCUUUUCCCGGGCAAUGUUGUCCAACGAAAAAACUAUCCGUUGAAAGGUCCUGUCGUUGGAAUUCUGUCGGGUCCAAAUACAUCCAUCGACAUCAAUAAAUUUAAAAACAAUGAUAGUGGUUAUGGAAUUGUUUUAUCUGUCAACGACGAAGAACGUUUUGCAAAAGUACAGUGGUUGGAAGUUAAGUAUGGUAAAGUAGUGAUUCAGGUCAAAGAAGUCGAAGAUUGUCCUUUGUUUGAGCUAUCACACCAGAUGGAAAUUUUCAAAAUUAGUCCUGGUCAACUCGGAAUACUGUCGGAGAGUGAAACCUCUUCUCGUCGUGAUGGCUUACUAGAGUCACUUUUUAUCGCCGGUCGCUUUUUGCCCAAUGGACAAAGGGUUGUUCGUUUUCUGAAUGGGAAAGUUGCGAACUUUUGGCCAGUCGAAAUGCGAGGCCUUUCACAUUUUUCAAUCAAAUAUGGCUUGGGAUUUAGCAAAUUACAUCUUCCAAGCAUAUUGAAGAAAGAUCCACUCACAAUUAUUAUGGCUGAUUCAACCAUUCCCAAUCAGAAUGCUGAGCCACCGAAAAAGGUACAAAAAAAGUCACCCGAGAAGAUCAAGAAAGAAGGCAUGGUACAAAUUUUUGAUGGAACGAACGAAUGGAAUGUAGCUAGUCUCGUUGCAAUGGAUUCCUCCAUGAAUGGCGACUCGGAAAAAUCACCGCUUAAAAAGCCCAAAGCAGAAACAUCGCAAUCGCACUUCGUUGGAUUACUUCCACAAGACUUUGCAUCAAUGUCAGCUGCCGAGGAUGAUCUUUUGAGCACUUCUGACUCAAUCGAUGACUUCAAGCUUCCGAUUGGGUUUAUCUCCAGCUUGGCACAUGACGACUUUGCACAAACCCUAGCAACAAUUGCGGCUGCUGCAGAAAUUGUCUACCCUAAAAGCUCACUUGCUAAUGAAAUCAAGAGACAAUGUGAUUUGGCUAAAGUCAAGGUUGGGCCAAUGUUUUUCGAUGUGAUGAAUGAGCUGGUCAAAUUGAUCGAAAAGGACUUAUUGAAAGUCGAGGAGCUUGAUUAUAGCGCCUUAGUAUUGAAGGCAGCACACUGGGAGAAUGAAAAUGUCCCGGAGGAAGUCACCACAUGUCUCAACUCAUUGUUGGCCUUACCGCAAUGCGAGCAGAUGUUGAAUUCUCUAAAGCUAGCUCUCGGUGUGAAGACUACAACAGGCAAUGCAAAAACAUCGAAUUCGACGUUGAAUGCGAAUAACGGUAAUUUGGUAUCACAAGACGAUUCUGCAAUUCGUUCUGCAAAACAGAUGCCAAAGGAAUCAAACGAAAACGGUGGAGUAGCAAAACCCGUUGCGAAUGCGACCGGUUCGGCAUUCCAGAUGUUGCCCACGUGUACUUCGCAUAAAUGGUUGAAAGUUGAAUCAGCUUCUUUCAAUGCUACCUUCAAGCGAGCAAUUCAAAAGGAGUACAAAAUGUUUGCCGAGCUUCCAGAAGGAAUUUUUGUUCGAGCUUAUGAGAAUAGAUUGGACUUGUUGCAUGCGAUAAUUGUUGGGCCUCGUGGAACGCCAUUUGAUUCAACACCAUACUUUUUUGAAAUUAAGCUUCCGGAUGAAUACCCGAACAAGCCACCAAAGGUUAACUUCGUUCCUUAUUCAACAGAAGCCUUGAAUCCAAAUCUCUAUCAAGAAGGAAAAGUAUGCCUUUCUUUGCUCGGCACUUGGGCUGGCAAGAAAUCGGAAAAAUGGGAUCCCAACAUUUCCAAUCUUCAGCAAGUGUUUCUAUCAAUUCAAGGUUUGAUUUUAUAUUUAUUGCCGUAUUGGAAUGAACCCGGUCGUGAGCAUUCAAAAAAUGACCCGCAGCAAAUUAUGGCUUCAGAAAGAUACAACGAAGCAACCACAAUGAGCUCGAUUCAGUAUAUGGAGAGAAUUUUUGAAUCUCCGCCCCCAUCGUUUGAAGCUAUGAUUCGAAACAUUGUUUCUUCUGGACUCCCAGACUAUCGCACACGGAUUGAGAGUUGGUUUGAUGAAAAUAAUUCGCUCGCAAAACCAGAAUAUCCACUUCCGCGAUUAUCGAAAGGAUUUCAACUGGCGUUGUCAAAUGCUGUAAGCCGAAUCCAGAAAGCUAUUGACGAGACAUCAAAAGCCAACGGUGAAGAAGCUAUGAUCCAU